GUUCCCCAGGGACAUAGGCUGGCUCUGCGCAGCCGAUCCCUCCAGGCUGGGCACAUACUGGACCUAUGUCUCUGUCCCUGGGGGACUGAUCCUGGGAGCAGCCACUGGUGUCCUUCAGAGGGAUGUGAGGGUUAAUCCUUGUCCCCAUGCUGGCUAGAGUGUAGCUCCUGUCCUGGUGGCAGUAAAAUCUUGGGGACACGAUGGCCAGGGCUGAUCACAUUAAGAGCUGAUCGCAUUAAGUAUCCGCUCCCCAGCCCUCCCCGAACAGCCUUCACGAGACUUUUUGGGGCUGAGAGGGCACCACAGCAGGGAGGAUGGGCAUGUGGCCAUGCAGCUGCGCUGGUGCCUGCCUGUUGCUUCGGGGAGAAGGUGCAUCGUGGGUCCCCAUCAGCCGAGGUGCCCACUCUGUCCUACCUCGGGUGGGUGUUGGAGGCUGCCACGGAGCCAGGUGUUGGGAUCUGGGCAGUGGGAGUCCAUCUGCGGGGCGUGCAGGGUGGCAGCGCGGGGGGGACACGGCUGUUCCUGCACUGUCCCUUGCACCUGCAGCGGGGUGUGCUGGCAGCCAAGGCCAGCCCUCGGGCAGCGGUUGGCCCCAGGGCUCCCCAAGGGCUGCCCAUGCUAAUGAGCCCCUUAUGGCACCUGCUGGCACCCGCGGGGACACUGCACAGGGACACAGUCCUGCCUGUCACCCUGUCCAGCCAGCCAUGCCUCGCUCCUUCCUGGUGAAGAAGCCCUCCAGCACCCGCAUCCCCAACUACGGCCAGCUCGAAGCCUGCGCUCCAGUGCCCCCUGAUGCCAAGGCUCCCACCAUCCAGAUGCGCACCCACAACCCAGACAUCCUCCUGAAGGACACUCCGUCCCUCAACCUGCCCCGACGGCGGCGGAGCUUCCAAUGCCGGCACUGUGCCCGUGUGUACACCAACCUGAGCGCCCUGAAGCUGCACAUCCGCACCCACACCCUACCCUACCUCUGCCGCCUCUGUGGCAAAGCCUUCUCCCGACCCUGGCUGCUCCAGGGCCACAUCCGCACCCACACAGGGGAGAAGCCCUACACCUGCCCCCACUGCAGCCGGGCCUUUGCCGACCGCUCCAACCUCCGCGCCCACCUCCAGACCCACUCCGAUGUCAAGAAGUACCAGUGCUAUGCCUGUGCCAAGACCUUCUCCCGCGUAUCCCUGCUGGCUCGGCACAAGGAGGGGGGAUGCUGCGGGGCAUCCUGAGCACCCCAUCACGCGCAGUGCACCCCAGGAGGGCGGUGCACCCCACACAUGUGAUGCUGUGCCGUGCCACGCUGUGCCAUGCUGCACCGUGCUGUGCUGCAUCCUACCGUGCUGCACCAUGCCACGCUGUGCCAUGCCGUAUCGUGCCACGCCGAGCUGCACUGCGCCCUGCCAUACAAUACCGUGCCGUGCCAUACAACGCUGUGCCAUGCCAGUGCAACACUCCGAGGAGGCACACGAGAGCGUUGGACUUUCGCAGUGGGUCUCCAAAGCUGCUCCCCGCUGGCUCUGGGGCUGGGCAAUAUUCCUCCACCAC